AGGCUGUCUGUGAUGCGAAGUUUUCCCCCGCAGCGCCAGCACACGACUCGACUGCCUGCUUGACUACCGGUACCCCACUCCCGGCGAUCCCCAACAAACGCGGCUCUCGGCGAUAUGUCUGGAGGAUGUUAUGUGUGUUGGAGUAUAGUAUAUAAAGACUCCCCCUUUCCCCUCCUUUCCGCACCGCCCGAUCGUUCCUCUUCCCAAUGUCUCGCUGCCCAAGGUUUGUAUAGGUAUCUAUUUCCUGGCCUUUCGUGGCAUCACAUCUCGUCAUCCCAUCCUGUGACUUCCCAUCCCCUUCCACCAAUAUAAGAGGCAAUCUACUGUAACUAUCAAAGCUUCUCUACUGUCUCAUUAUCAAUCCUGUAGACAUCUAGUGUCACCAACACCGCCAUCAUGGGUGCUGACGAUAAAUUCAACACCUACCGCUACAAUGAAACUCCCACCUACACCACCUCCAACGGCUGUCCGGUCAUGGACCCUGAGUCCUCCCAGCGCGUUGGACCGAAUGGACCCUUGCUCCUCCAAGACUUCCACCUGAUCGAUCUCCUCGCGCAUUUCGACCGCGAGCGGAUCCCGGAAAGAGUAGUCCAUGCCAAGGGGGCAGGAGCCUAUGGUGAAUUCGAGGUGUUGGAUGAUAUCAGUGAUAUCACCACCAUUGAUAUGCUGAGGGGUGUCGGAAAGAAGACGAAACUUGUUACCCGCUUCUCUACUGUCGGUGGAGAGAAGGGAUCCGCGGACAGCGCUCGUGAUCCUAGAGGGUUUUCCACCAAAUUCUAUACUGAGGAGGGUAACUGGGACUGGGUCUUCAACAACACCCCAGUCUUCUUCUUGCGUGAUCCCUCCAAGUUCCCGCUCUUCAUCCAUACGCAGAAGAGGAACCCACAGACCAACCUGAAGGAUGCCACGAUGUUCUGGGACUACCUUUCCACCCACCAGGAAGCCGCCCACCAGGUCAUGCAUCUCUUCAGCGAUCGUGGCACUCCUUACUCCUACCGCCACAUGAAUGGCUACUCCGGACACACUUACAAAUGGAUCAAGCCUGAUGGAACCUUCAACUAUGUCCAGAUCCACUGCAAGACGGACCAGGGCAACAAGACCCUCACCAACGAGGAAGCUACCAAGCUUUCCGCCGAUAACCCCGACUGGCACACCGAAGAUCUCUUCCGCGCCAUCGAGCGCGGCGAAUACCCAUCCUGGACCUGCUACGUUCAGGUCCUCAGCCCCGAACAGGCCGAGAAAUUCCGCUGGAACAUCUUCGACCUGACCAAAGUCUGGCCGCAGGGCGAUGUGCCCCUCCGCCGCUUCGGCCGCUUCACCCUAAACAAGAACCCGCAAAACUACUUCGCCGAGAUCGAACAAGCCGCCUUCUCGCCCUCCCACCUCGUCCCCGGCGUCGAGCCCUCCGCAGACCCAGUCCUCCAAUCCCGCCUCUUCUCCUACCCAGACACCCACCGCCACCGCCUCGGCGUCAACUACCAGCAGAUCCCUGUCAACUGCCCGCUCCGCGCCUUCAGCCCAUACCAGCGCGACGGCGCCAUGGCCGUCAACGGUAACUACGGCGCCAACCCCAACUACCCCUCCACCUUCCGCCCGCUCGCCUUCUCGCCCGUCAAGGCCAGCCAAGAGCACGAGCAGUGGGCGGGAGCGGCCGUGUCGAAACAGUUCCCCGUCACCGACGAGGACUUCGUUCAGCCAAACGGCCUCUGGCAGGUCCUGGGCCGCCAGCCGGGCCAGCAAGACAACUUUGUGAAGAACGUCGCGGUCCACUUGUGCAAUGCGCAGCAGCGGGUGCGCAAGGCUACAUAUGGCAUGUUCACGCGCAUCAAUGUGGAUCUGGGUAAUCGCAUUGAGAAGGCUACGGAGGCGUUGGUGGCGGCGCAGGGGCAGGCGCAGUCGCGCCUGUAAAUGUGGGAUGUUUCUGUCAUUUGCCUGGGCCGUGGGGUAUGGGGAUUGAGAAGAACGUAACUGGUUAAAGUAGAAAAAGGGUCUGGUUGUUACAUUUGCAAAUUUUUAUAUAUAUUUUCUUUGUUUUUUCUCUUUCAAAUGCCUGAUACCUGCUAGGAUGAAGUGAAAUUUUUUUAAUAUGAGAGAAUACACCAUGAAGCUAGAGGAUUAGCUGAGUUAAAAAUUGACUGUGAUAAAGUGUUUCACUAAUUCAUUUUCCGCUGUUCUGGUCAGUUGAACUUACAGCAGCAUGGUGGUGAGCUAACUAGUUACCUGGUAAGAAAAAAAACUUUGCCGGUGUGGCUGGCUGACCCAGGGUUCUGGGUGGGACUUCCGUCAUGCAACUGCGGGCCGGUGGAGGAAUGUUGUUCUCACUGUGAUGUCAUAGAAAGCUGCAAUGGCCUGUAUAAGUAGUCACCACUCAUUAAGCAGGCAAUUACAGCUUCAAUUGCUGCAAUACAACAAAACACUCCUUCAUGUAAAAAUAUAACAUAAUUUAUCUCUCUCUGCAAAGAUUCAGUUCUUUUUUAUUUACAAUUCACAUUCACUAUAAAUAUGCAGUUCUGCAAAUCU